UUAACCUAAAGUCUUACAGCUCAUGAGCUCAGCUGACUGACAGUUGAAUUUUGUCAUCAUUUACAAUAUGUCUGUAAUAGAAAAAGUGCAACAUUAUCAACGGAGUAUAGAAAAAUGUUACGACAAUCAAGAAAGAAUGAUGUAUUGUAUAUCCAAACUUUAUCAGUUACCUGUCACAGUACAACAUUUACGUGAAACUGGCGUAGGAAGGACAGUGAAUUCUUUGCGUAAAUUUGACGGUGGUGUUGGUGAUGCCGCAAAGGCUUUGGUAUGUAAAUGGAAAACUAUGGUAGCUGAUGAAGAUUCAAGCGAUCCCGAAGAUGAAGACGAAGCUUGUGUACCAGAUGCUCCUGAAAGUUACAGUGAAUCUCCAGAAUCACCCAGUCCAGAUAAUACUUCUGAAAAUAAUAUAACAAGGCAUAAUAGUGAAGGAUCAAAAGAAAAAUCUGGGAGUAAAUCUAGUAAACAUGGAUCUUCAGAGCAUAGUUCAAAGUCUUCAUCAAAAGGAAAUACAAAUUCUGAAGUCAGUAAAAGUAGAAGUUCCGAUAAAGAAAGGCAUUCCAAAACUGAAUCGAGAGGCCAUGAACAAAGGCAUGAAUCUAUUAAUAAAAAGCAUUCUUCAAAACAUGAAUUAGAUAAUGAUAAGUCAAGAAGUUCACAAGAUUCAAAAAAGAGGCACGAUUCAAGGGAUAAAAGUCGAAUUGAUUCUGAUAUUGGUAAAGUUUCAAGUAGUACUGAGGCAUAUGAAAUGAAUGACAAGGACAAUCAUAGAAAGCGUAAACAAGAAAAAUCAUCAAGGGACAAAGAGAAUAUCAAGAAAAAAAGAUAUUCAGAAUCUGAUAAUGAAGAAGAUAAUUCACGUCUUAUUAUUAAUUCUCCAAUUCGUUCUGAAUCUGAAUCACCUAAUGCAGAUUCUGAAACACUUGCCUCUUUAGAAUCAGGAAUUACAAAGAAAAAAAAUACCCAUUCAUCAUCAUCAUCUUCAUCAUGUGAUAAAACAAUUUCUCAAAAAGAAACUAGUGAUAAAGAGAAAAAACGAAACAAAGAAAAAAGUGAUAUAAAACACAAAUCAAAAUCCGAAACAGAAAGGGAAAGUUCUAAACCAAAAGAUUCAAAGAAAGAUGAUAAACGUAAAAAAGAAAGUCAUAAUUCUAGUUCUAAACAUUCUUCUUCUAAGUCAAAAAGUUCACAUAGUUCUUCUAGUAGUAAAGAUCGUAUUAGAAACAAUGAUAUAGAUCAUGAAAAGGAUAAGAAACAUAAGAGGGAAGAUAAAUCGAAAUCUAGUGAUAGUAUGGAAAAUCAGAAAGAUCAGAAAUUAAAAAAGAAAAUCAAGAAAGAAAAUGGUGAUGAAAUUGAUGGAAUUGAUUCUCAAUCAGGUACAAGUUUUGCAGAAGCUCUUGGUAUGUGUACAAUGCCUCCUCCCUCACGUAAACGUGAAAAAAUACCCAGUACUUCAUUUGUGACAAAACCAAUUAAAAUAGAACCCGGUACUUCUACAUCUACUAAGACAAUAACACCAUCAAUAACACCGUCGACAACAAUUAAGACUGAAGCAAAUCCAUUAUCACUUUUGUCACCAAAUGCCAAAUUAGAACCAUUAAGUGUUGAUUUGGCAGCAACAUUACCUGAAAUUAGUCCUAAUUAUAAGCCACUAGCUCAUAAUUUAAUUCCAAUGAAUCGAAAAGUAGAUGAAGGUAGAGCUUUAUCAGAAGCAAUUUACUGUAAAACUCAAAGAACAAAAGUUUUCUCUGGAAAUAAAAGUAGUCUAACAAAUAUACCCACUUUGUAUGAAUUGUGCAUUAGAGUAUUAAUAGAUAAUAUUGAAGCUCUCGAAGUUACGGGCGGAGUACCAUAUUAUAUAAUAAAACCAGUUUUAGAAAGAGCAACACCUGAUCAGCUCUUUAUGUUGGAACACUAUAAUCCAUAUCUCAUUGAAGACACGGAUCCUUUAUGGCAAUUUCAUUGUAAUCGUGAAUUUAGAGCACAAUCGAGAGAAGAAAUGGAAUCUUGGCGCGAUAUGUAUAUGCGCUGCUUAGACGAAAGAGAAGCAAAAUUAAAGGCCGUUACUGCAAAUAUGAAACAAUCAAUGGACAAAUCACAACCAGUGAGAUCAACAAUACAGGUAUAUGAUCAUCACAUUAAACCACCUCGAAAUGUAUUGCGAAAACAAGCUAAAUACGGAACUGCAAGAGAUUUACCAAUUACUUCAUCGGAAGUUAAGAAAAAAUUAAUUUCCGGUAAUACUCAUAGUAAUGCUACAUCAACUUGCCCACCAUCGCCAAUAGCUCGAAUAAAAGCAACAUCUUCUACUAUUGGAAAAAAAACAAAAGCACCUCUAAUGGCAAAAGCUAUUAAAUUUAUAAAAGGAAGUUACAGACGAUAGUUAUUGUACAACUAUGUAUUUUUAACAGUCUGCGUAUAUUUAUAAUAUUAUCAUUUAAAAAAUGCAGAUUUCUUCCAUCAAUUAAUUUCGAAAAAAAAUAUUUCUUCAACAAUUUUUACGCAUUAUAAUUAAUUGCGUAAAUGUUAUUUCACAGUGAUUAAAAAAAAAAAAACCAAUCACAAUGCUUUUAUUUUGAAUAUAAUUUAACUUAAGCAAAUUUUUAAUCCACCAUUGUGUUAAAUGAUGUUUGUAAAUUUUUUAAAUUUUGUUCGUAUGUAACUUGAAAGUACUUUUUUUUGUAUAUUUAAAAAGAAACGAUAAAUGUUAUUUUCUGUGAGUAUUUGUGAUUUUGUAUAAAAAUGGACUUCGUACAACAAUGUUUGAUUCUCAAUUAUUACGAGAAUCAGUUAUAUGAUCGCAUGGUGUGAACAUGUUUAAACUUUAUUUUUUAUACAUUAUUAUAAAAAAAAAUAUAUUGCUUGUAAUUAAUGUUAUAA